AGAGGCACAAAAAGACGAUACAGCCUGUGCGACAUCUCCAAAGUCGACAGAACUGUUGAUGUGGUGCUUAUUAAGAUUAAUCGAGAAAACUGCUGUUCACUAACUCCAUGUCCACACAUGGUUCUUCUGGAAUCAAAGCAGACAAGUGAGUCUAAAGCUUGCCAGCAGUUUCUGGAAGAUGGACUGGAUACAGAACAUUCAGAACCUCAAACCAUGAAAAGGGAAUCCAAGAGUGACACCGAUCUGUGUUAUAUGGCCCCGGAAGUGUUAGAUGAAAUGGUGUUUGCAAAGCUUGAAGAAGAACAGUCUUUGUGUGAUGUCUCCAGUUUGGGCUCAGAUGAUAAUACUUCUUUAGAAAGGAACUCCUCCCAUGGCAGUGACAUUUCUAUUCCCCGCACAUUAAGCAUGAAGAAACCCAGCGAUAAGCACAGUAUGGACAGCAGCUGUAGCAGCACAGUGACUGCAUUUGUAGAGGAGAGGGAGUGUGAGAACACGGGAGUAUCAGAGAUGGAAGGGGAGGAGAUGGACAACAUCACCGAAGUGUCACCUCACAUCACCCGCUCUAAGAGCACCAUUCGCUCUGCUUCUCCACCCAGGAGGCACAGCUGGGAGCCGUGGAAACACCCCCCAGUG